UUGUUUGAUUUUUGUUUUCAGCUGAUUAGGUACGAGUAGGACCACUCUACAUCAAGGUGUCUUGUGUGUGAGUGGAAAGGGAAAAUGUUGAAGCAAGUCUUUGGGAAGGUGUGGAAUAAAGGGGUUUUUGUGUAUGGAGGAAACAGAGCCAUGCCUUGCUUGUAUGUGCCCACGAGUGAUAUUCACAAUGGACAGGUUCAUUGUGCACCGAGAAGUUUUUUCGGGGUAGAGGAUUUCCUCGAUGAUGACAAUAGCCGGCCAUACACUUACCAGAAGGAGAAGAAGUCCAAAAAUCCCACGAAACAUAUAUCAUUUAAACAGCGCACCAUAGCCUACAUGGAACCAUUUACACUCGAUGUGUUCAUCUCAAAGCGGUUUGUGUCAGCCUCAAUCACCCACAGGGUCACAACCAAGCAGGUUGCAAACUUGCAACUGCCGGUACCAACUGUGUUUGUCUUUGAAGAACUUUUUUCCAUAACUGUGUUUGUCGGAAUUUUCAGUUGUUUGAUGAUAUUUGUAGGGUUUUCUUUUGAGAAUGGCAUCAUGACUAUGAAGAAGAAGUGACUUUGAAUGUGAACUUUCAUAUUUCCAUUUUUUUUUCAAUUUUGGAGAAAAAAAAAAAAAAAAAAAACCGAAAAAAAACCGAAACC